AUGACUGCCCGUAACAGGACAACCUCAACAUCGCUGCCACGUAAACGCCGGCGUCCUGCCAAAUCCUGCGAGCAGUGCCGAGAGCGUAAGGUCCGCUGCGAUCUCCAACUGCCGUGUAGGGCUUGCCGACAUGCUCGGGAUCCCUUGACUUGCACGUAUAGGGAAUCCUCGCGGCCGAGGCCAUCUCAGACCGAUGCUCGGACGGCCCCAAAAAGCCCGGACAUACCUGCGUCAACUCCCACUGAACGGGGUCAACCUCAACAACAAUUUCACGGCCUGCGGAAUAUACCUUCCACUCAACUAGAUCAGCACGAUGUAGCCAACACAGGGACAGGAACGAGUGGGAGCUCCCUACAGGAUUUGGAGAACCGCCUGCGUAAAGCCGAACAGCAAUUGUCCGAACUAUCUCGGACUCUACAACCCGGUGCCGUGAGUGGAGACUUGGCUAUUCCUGCUAUCAUGCCUCGCCUGCGAAACACCGCAGAAAAGACGAAGCUGUUUGGACCGAGCCACUGGAUGUACACUGCCGAGAAGAUUGCCGGCGGCCAAAUCGACUCAAAAGACAUGGAUUUCAGUAUGGUCGACAUGAAAGCAGAUAUAGCAGAGAUGGCUAAGGAAUGUCGAAAUUUACGAAAGGCGGCGAAAAGCCAGCGAACACUGCAACUGAACGAUCCUGUUCCUGACCUCUUCAGUACCUUUCCCGACAGGCAAAUUUGUGAUGAGCUGGCAAGUGCGUAUAUACGGACCUUGGAACAAAUAUAUCGUGUUGUUCAUAUCCCUUCUUUCUGGAAAGAGUAUUAUCAGUUCUGGGAAGCGCCACAUGCAUCAUCAACAUCAUUCUUGAUCAAACUAGGUCUUAUCUUCUCUAUUGGCACGACUUUCUACCCUAUUCUGGAAGAGUCGGAGCGACUGCGUCACUUGGCGCAAACGUGGGUAUAUGCAGCUCAAUGGUGGCUAGUAGGCCCUUCUGAGAAAUUAACCAGAAAUCUGGACGGUAUUCAAGUUUUCUGCCUUCUUCUCGUGUCGCGAAAAACAAACACUAUCGGGCCAUCACCCUGGCUAUCUACUGGUUCUUUAUUAAGAAUGGCUAUGACCAUGGGAUUACACCGAGACCCUCGAGUCUUUCCAGGCUUAGCGCCGUUCCAAGCAGAGAUGCGGAGUAGGCUUUGGACGACUAUCCUGGAACUAGUGGUUCAUGAAUCUAUCGACUCAUCGUCAAUGCCGCUGAUGAUUUCCCCUCAGGACUUUGAUAGCCAUAUACCGAAUAACAUCAAUGAUGCGGACCUGUGGCCAGAUACCAAGGAAUUUCCUACCGUAAAGCCACUGCAACAGUUUACAAAGUCCUCGAUACAGUUACUGAUGCGACAAUCUCUGCCAAUCCGUAUGGAGGCGGCCAAACUGAUCAACAGUUCUGAUUCGGAGCAGUCAUAUAGUGCCGUGCUUCAGCUGGCUACAGAUUUACAAAAAGCCUGCCGUGACCUCGCAACCUACUUCCAGCUGCACUGGCCACAAUACUCAGGCGAAACUGAUCUGCAUAGGAAGUUCCUCGACAUGCAAAUUCGUCGCUAUAUCCUACUGCUUCACCGGCCCUACAUGCUACAGGCCCAGCAAGAUCCACGGUUCUACCUCUCUCGGAAGAUCUGUGGAGAGUCGGCUAUGAUCAUAGCAUCAUACGCUGAAAGCAUCCAGCUUCCUUCUCAACACCUUGAUGACCUGUCACGUCUCAUGGCGAUGAGUACUGGGCCAUUCUGUGGUUCUCUCCACCUUGACAUUAUUACCGUUCUAGGUCUGGAGGUAAUCAGUCAGCUCAAAGAAACAACUACAGUAUCAUCAGAAACCGGUCAUCUCAUUGUAGACCCUUUGGGUGAGAUGUCCAAAGUCCAACGAGAGCCUAUGAUUCGCAUCCUGGAGCAUAUCAACGACCAGAUGCUUCAGAUUGUUGCCCAAGGCAUUGCGAGGUUCAAGCGAUACAUCUUUCUCUCCGUCGUACUCUGUCAAAUACGAGCAUUGGAGUCUGGUACUAGAGAUAUCCGGCCGUUAAUGAUCAAAGCAGUCCAGGAGAGUGUGAAGAACUGCUACAUGGCGUCCCAGUCGUCUCAGUCUGACAGUACCCCACAGGGCUCAAUCGAGACGUUGAUCUGUACCGAGGCGCCACUUGGACUAGAUUUUGAUCUUAUGGAUCCUGAUUUGGACUUCUCGGCAUUCUUUGCUCAUUUUAGUGGUGGGGGCGGUGAUGGUGAUUAUUGUGAUGUGUACCUCACGCACGACUCGAUGAGCGUGCGCAAGGCGCACAAUGCAGGAAGGAACCAUCUAAGGAACGUGUUGGAAUACUAUCAACAAAUCGGACAAGAGAAGGCCCAAUCUGUCAUCGACUCCAUCACCUCGUCGUAUGCCGCCGAAGGCCAGGCCGUACCGAACCCCGCCAUGGCUCCUCCAGGCGCCUUCCCCCCUCCAUUCCCAUUCCCCGGACGUCCAGGCCAACUGCCACCCCCUCCAUUCGGCUUCCCCCCACCAGGAGGACCAAACGGUGCCCCGGGCAUGCCUCCUCGUACGUGA